UUGUUUUGCUGAUCAGCUAGCUGGCAUGGCGCACAAAAUAGGUCAUCAAGUUCCUCCAUGAUCAAACGUAAACGCUCAGCUUAGAAGGAAAAGAAACAAGAGAUCUUACAUUUUUCGAAAUGACUGAUCUUGUGAAGCAUACUGGAGGUUGUCACUGUGGAGCCGUCAAGUUUGAGGCUUUGGCACCAAGAGAUGUUAAAGUUUUUGACUGCAACUGCAGUAUAUGCACGAUGAAACAGAACAAGCACUUCAUAGUCAAUGAGUCUAAUUUCACGAUAUUACGGGGAGAAGACAAUUUGACUUGCUACACCUUCAACACCAAGCAGGCAAAGCACACUUUCUGCAAAACAUGUGGAGUACAAAGUUUCUACACACCAAGGUCUAAUCCAAAUGGGAAAGGUAUAGCGAUACAUUGUGUGGACAAGGGAACUAUUGACAACAUCACGAUCAUGACGUUUGAUGGACAGAACUACGAGGAAAGCCUGGCAGGUGACCUAGAGAACAUCAGGAAGUUGUCUGCACCCACUCAAGACGCUUGAUCAAUCAACCAAGAAAAUAGUUGAAAGGAUCCUCUUGUGAAUUGUCAAUUUCAAGAUGGGUGUUUUUCACUGGUAGACAACUUUAAAGGUACUGGACACCAUUGGUAAUUACUCAAAGUAAUUGUCGACAUAAAAACUUACUAUUAAGAGCUGUU